AGGCAGACGUUUUCUUUCAGCAUUUUACCAGAGCGAUCAGUGGUGUUAAGUUCUGCAACAAUUCGACUGCAGCCCAGGGGCCAGUAUUCUUGUCACUGCGGUACGACGUUUCGAAUAAGAUUUUCGGCGCCAAGAACUUCAGCACCUCCGUAUGACCAAGCCGUCCUCCUCGCAAGGCGGCGAUGGGGAGAAGACACGCUCCCCUCGGCAGAAGCCGUCCGCCAGAGCGGCCGAGUCCCGGAUACCCGUGUGGAUGCUUACACGAGGACUUCACGACACCAGUUCUUCCUCGGGAACGUCCAGCGAGCAGAGCCCCGACAAAAGGUCACCUCGAAGGCAGGGAUGCGUCACCUGGCUUUUGUCGCCCGGGAUCUGCACAUCCCCGUGUAGACCCGGCUGUAUCUCGGAGCGUGACUGGCUCGAGGCCGGAUCUUCGUCGGGCGCCGUCAAGCAGAGUCCCGUAAAGCGGCUCGCCCCCGGAUCGAGGCCUUCCAAGAUGGCGCGAAUGCAGCGAAAGACGCCCGUCGUGACUGCCACCGUUUCGGGAAUCCCUCGCCGGCGGCGCUCGUCGGACGACCUGUCCCGCCAGGCUAAGUUCCUUUCGGAACUGAACAUCAGCGAUGUCGACAGCGAGGACGACAGUGCGACAGCGCACGCCCACGAUGACAUGGAGGUCGACCCGAUCUCGCGUCGCCGUCCUGGUCACAAGUCGGCAGAGGACUCCCACUCCUCGUAGCGGCGGUGCAGAGUUCCCCACCUUCUCCGGACAAUUGUAAACCGCCGUUCGCGCACUCUAGAAGAAACAGUCGAGCAUCUAGGAAGUGUUUGUGCCACGGAGCCACCAUCAUCUGGAUUGCUCGCGUUUAACUUGGAAAAAAAAUCUGGCCCUCACAACUUUCAUCGCAAGAAUUUUUCGUCGCGUUUUUUUCCCUGAAGGUGCCUGUACUGUGGUGGAAAUGUUAUAACGCGAGGUUGUCGACGAUCAUAAUUGUGUAGCAGACACGAUCGACCCUUCCCUUUACUCAAUUUUUUAUUAGAGGGUAUAUACAGAGAAGCUCAUCACAAACAUGUAUAUUUAUCGAUUACGCUCAGAUUUCGCUUUACGCUUGGUUCUAAACUUUCAGUUACUUACCGGCCCUGACUUCUCUGACGUAUUGCUUUUUAAUAUCUACUUUUAGAUUUUUAGUGUUUUUGGGAAGAUCUUUGUUAGCGUACCUUGUUCUGCGUGCUAAUAAAAAUAAAAGGUGCCAAAUAAAGCCAUGCACUCGAACUUUUGGCCAAACCGGCGAACUUUCAUUUCUUACAGCAUCUUGUAUAUAACUUUCUGAACAUCAUCGCCCAGCAGCGUAGCCACUAAAUUUUAAGAGAAUCUUUUUUUAAGUUUCAUUCAUGGCACCAUUGUAACAACUAUUACCUAGGAGGUGCGUAAUUUGUUUCACGGUGCUUGCAUUCAACCCGUUCGAUACACUGUGACGCCUGUUUUUGUGUUCAAACUCGCCGAGUCGUCUGACAUACAUUAACCAUUUUUGAAUUUAGGCAUAUUUGCUGUGCCUGCCGUUGUUUGUAACUCAAAUCGUUCUUACUUUGUACCGACCGCCUUUCACACCGCAUCUACGAGGCCUGUAAUGUAUUUGUAAAUAAAAAAAUAUACUAAACAAG